AUGGCAUCAAACAUUGUGGAAUCGAUCAACGCGGUCACAAAGGCAGCCAAAAAUUACCCUAUUGUUUCCCUCCUAGAGUCAUUACGACAAACUAUACAAUCAUGGUUUUGUAGACACGGGGAUGAUGCACAUGGAACUUUCACAAAGUUGUCGACUAAGUACGAGAAAGAGAUUAGGAAAAUGAGCAUGGAUUUGAGAAACUUGAGGGUAAUUUUUUAUAUUUUAACAUUGAGAUGUAUAUGUGACCCAAUUGAUGUGAUAUGUGAUGUAAUUGUGUAUUCUCUGUCAACUCUAUAUUCUGAUGCAUGUAUCUCCUUCAAAGCAGACAGUGUCUUCUGUCAGCAACAAAAGGAUCUACAAGUUGAUUUGUUACCAUGUCCACAAGCUUUGGCUGUAAUUGCAAACACAAGAAGAGAUCCAUAUGAUUACUGUUCCUAUUAUUACACAAGAGAUGCGUACUUGAAUGCAUACCAAGAUUUUGUAUAUUCAGUUGGAAAUCAAGAGGAAUGGACAGUGCCAGAAGUAGUACAGCGAGAAAUAGUGUUAUCUCCUAACCAAAAGAGGAGUUUUGGAAGACCUACAGAGAAAAGAAAGAGAUCAUCCAGAGAAGGGAGACCGACGGCAAAAUGCGGACGUUGUGAAGGACAUGGUCACAACCGUAGGAGAUGCUCCAACUUGGCUCCAUUACGCCAAAAUAACCGAUAG